UGAGGCCGCCAGCGGCGGGGGCCGGCCUAGCAGGUCAGCUGUGGAGUGCGUUCCCUACUUCAAGCUCCUCUGGCCCUGGCGGCCAGGCAACCCUGCUUUUGGGUGAGGAGCCUUCGCUGGUGGCUCUGCUGUGCUCCAACACCUGCUAAAGAUGCAUCCUGACUUAUCUCCACACUUGCACACUGAAGAAUGCAACGUGUUGAUUAACUUACUUAAGGAUUGUCACAAAAAUCACAGCUUUCUGAAAUUUUUUGGUCAUUGCAAUGAUCUUGAUCGGGAGAUGAGAAAAUGCUUAAAGAAGGAGAUUUUUUUCUUACUACAGUUUGAUGAUUUUGCCAUUGGCUUGGUGAUUGAUCAUAUGAAAUUUUCUUCCCAGUACAUGGACAAGAGGAUCAAGAGCAGGGAGCAUGGCAAUGCAAUGCGAAGAAGACUUUUUAAUUCUCCAGACGAAUCUGAAACAUAAAUUAUAUUUUCACUGGAUGCCUUGGCUGAGUGAAGACCUAAGACUCUUGGUUGAUAACCAAAAGAAUUCUAUUUCAUUUGGUCUCCAGAAUCUUGAAUAGCAAGUGACCCAUGAGAGAUCAAGCUGUGGAGAAAUACGGACCCUGGAUUCAGACUGUGUUGAGCAGAGCCUGUGGCACUCCGACUCCCUUACCAGCGCACCUGACUUUUAACACGCUUCUUUCCUUUGCCUACAACCACUUAACAUUUGAGUAACUUAUUUCUCCCUUAAUAAAAUCAUUGAGUUCAA